AUGAAAAGAACUGAGAGCGGGGAAAUUCAAAAACUCACGGAAGAUGUUGUUAUUCUUUCAAAUUAUUUAGAACUUGUAGUCAAACCCGUUGCAACGAUUGAUGGAGGAUAUGCAAUCAUUUAUGCUAAUACCACGAAAACUCCCUUAAAUGAUCCUUUCCUUCCGCAGGGAGGUAUCUACGCCAUGUUCUUAACAUAUGGUCAAAGCUAUACACGACAACCUGUUGUCAUUUAUCAAACUCAAAUUUCAAACCUGUCAUUCACUGGGCUUAAUUGCGAUAUCGCUUACGUAGGAUUCGGACAAAUUUGUAUUUUAACUGGAUUUUAUAUAGACCAACCAGCUCCAAACACAUUUUUUAUUAGAGUUGAUUUCCUUUCAUCGGGAACAUUAUAUAACGUUCAAUCAUUAAAUGCGACAGCAGUGGGAGUGACCGAAUAUAAACUUAGGGCUCUGAGAUACGGAGGUUAUAUAUUAAUGGGGAUAAAGGAACAAACCACAACAAAUGAUGCCGCCCAACGUUCUAUGUAUG